UGACCUAAUUGAGACUUACUCCUCUAGAUUGUGGCCUUUCUUAAGAGGUUUGCCCUUAGAGAAACGUGAAAACUAACGUCCCUUUCUUCUAAUAUAAACCUCCAUUCCUUCCUUCAAACACUUCGCCACCAACCAAACACUAGCAGCAGUGAGCACCACCACCUCUUCAUUUCCUGCCUUUACCUUCUGGUUUAUUAUACUAUUUGUCGACUUUGCUAUCUGGGUUUCAUUAGCUGAGAGAUUUUCGAGAUCUUGAAAUUAAAGGAAGGAAAAUGGCGGCUUUUCCUUCGAGUUUUUCUUGUUCUGAUUUAUCAAGAGCUGUCAGUUUGCAAGACGAUGCCUUUGUAAGGGGGGUGACCAUCAACAAGUAUUUAUCAGUAAAGGAGAUGGUUCCUCGCCAUAGUUGGAGGAGGAGACAUGUCGCCUCUAGCGGCAGUAAACAGAGACUUCUUGUUCUAGUCAUGUCGCAGUCACAUUCAUAUUCACAAGGUGAGUCGCCGCAAUCAGAUGCGGUCACGACCACAGUAGUGAAAAACGAGGGUGGCAAUCACAGUGUUGUUGCAGGAGGAGACGGAGAAAUUAGAGUUUUGGAGAUUGGGAGUGAGUUGAAAACUGAUUUUGGUGGGACCGGUGGUAAUGGAGGAAAUGGGAAGUUCCCAAGUAAUGGUGGCGGUGGUGGUGGCGGAGGAGGAGGCGGCGGCGGCGGCGAAGGAGAGGAUAAAGGAGAGGAAGAGUUUGGACCAAUAAUGAAGUUUGAAGAAGUGAUGAAAGAGACUGAAGCGCGAGGGGCUAGUCUUCCUCCUGACAUGUUAGAGGCUGCAAAGACUAUUGGUAUUCGCAAAGUGCUUCUACUUAGAUAUUUGGAUUUGCAGGGGGCAGGAGGGCUUUUGGGAUUUGCAAUCAAGUCGUGUGCUAUGCUGCGAAACAGAAUGCUGGCUGAUCCAUCCUUUCUUUUUAAAAUUGGAACGGAGAUAGUAAUUGAUUCUUGCUGUGCUACAUUUGCGGAAGUUCAAAAGAGGGGCAAAGACUUCUGGGCAGAGUUUGAAUUGUAUGUUGCAGAUCUUUUAGUGGGCGUAGUGGUUAACAUUGCUUUGGUUGGCAUGUUGGCACCAUAUGUACGUAUUGGGCAGCCAUCUCUAUCUAAAGGUUUCCUUGGACGACUGCAACAUGCAUAUGGAGCUCUUCCUAGUAGUGUGUUUGAAGCUGAAAGGCCAGGAUGUAGAUUUUCUGUUCAGCAGAGAAUUGGUACAUACUUCUAUAAGGGUGUCCUGUAUGGAUCGGUUGGAUUUGCAUGUGGUAUUAUCGGGCAAGGCAUUGCAAAUCUCAUUAUGACUGCAAAACGGAGCAUAAAGAAAUCAGAAGAAGACAUACCAGUGCCACCCCUUUUGAAGAGUGCAGCUCUUUGGGGUGUUUUUCUUGCAGUUUCAUCCAACACGCGCUACCAAGUUAUCAAUGGACUAGAACGCCUGGUAGAAGGAUCACCCAUGGCAAAGCAGGUUCCACCAGUUGCAAUGGCUUUCACAGUUGGUGUGCGAUUUGCCAACAAUAUCUAUGGUGGAAUGCAGUUUGUGGACUGGGCUAGAUGGAGUGGGGUGCAAUAAUGACAUCUAAGUAUUUAACUAAUAAGUUGCAGGUGCAAUAACGUUAGUGUUAUCUCCCUUCUAUUAAACAGGAUCGAUUUUUUGAGUCUCUCUCCUAAGGGAUGUUUUAACGUGUGAAUUAACCAAAUGUGGAAGUUAGACUUCCCCUUUUAUAUAGGUGUUUACAAAUUAUUGACCAUAAA